AUGCGCGCUGGGCAGCCGUUCGAUUGGGACAGGAUCCCUUUUGUCCUUGAGAUCAGAGGGCAAACUGUGGAGGACUUCAUCUCCGAUGCGCAGGACAAAACACGCAAUGCCCGGACCAAGUCAGAGCUGGCAGGGUUCAACGUGUGGAAAGAACAGCUGAACGCAGACCAGUGCCAGUUUGAAGCCCAAAAGAUUAUGAGAGGCUCUGGAGCCAAAGCGGAGAAGGUGGAGAAGACUGAGAAGACUGAAGAAGAAGCGGAUGACGGGGGCCAAGUCAAGGAUGAGGAUGAGGGAGAUGAUCAGUCGGGGGAUGAGAGUGAUGAGGGGAAGGAAAACCCAGAAAUUGCUGACAUCCGGGAUUUGAGACACCGGAAGACGCUUUCUGUCAAAGAGCGUAGUCUCGUGGUCAAGGACUUGGUGUGGGUGUUCGACCAGGCAAGCAUCUACGGAAAGCGGUCUGGCGCCAUUCAUGGUCUGGCAGUCAUACACAAGGAGAAGUCCAACAUCGUCCGUGGGAGCAAGGGCUGGAAACUUGGUUGCGUUCACGAUGUGCAGAUGCUUUCGCGGGGUGCCAUGUUCAAACCAGAGGCUGCAAGCACUGUUCCCCACCUGGGGCGAGCAUUCACAGAUGCUCAGGAGCUUCGUCAGGUCGCUGGGGGCUGCGACUUUGUCCGUCGCACACUUGCAUCAUUCCUGCCAGAGAGCUCAUCCACAUGUGUGCUGAUCGACUUGCUUGGGUAUGACGCAUGGCCAGCUCUAGCUGCUUUGGAGGAACGCUCUGAUGGUCGCCGAGUCCUGUGCGGAACUGUGGUGCUGGAUCGGCCUCAAGACACCUUGCAGCAGAGGGUGGCAAACAAAUUGUAUGAAUCAGCCCGCCAGGGCACUAUCGAGAUAGAGAACUUUCCUGACUACAAUCCUUUGGUGAGUGCCAUACAGAAUGUCUCAACAGUUGAGUCUGAAGUGUCGUAUCAAGUGACUUUGAAGCGACACGACAAGCUCUUGAUCCUUUCUGCCCUGGCCAACAAGUUUCUUGAAUCAGAUGAGUUUGGCCAAGAAUGUCGUUCAAUGAUCGAUGAGCACAACAAGUACUUCAACCCAGAUGGGGAGUUCAUGGCGGAGCCGGAGCAACCCAGUUCAGAUGACCCUGGUCGUCCUCUCAAAAGGAUCAAGUUGGAGCAGGGGGAGAUGGGCACAGAGAAUGAUGUUGUCAAUCUUUCCAACCCGUAG